AUGUUCGAGCAGUCGUUUGCUAGGGUGCAAGCCGAGCUUAAGAAAAAGAAGUGCGGCAUCCUGGGCAUGUAUCUAGAGCAGGGUACGAUGCAGGCGUUAAUUGAGCUGCGAUUCGGCUUCGUCUUGGACGGCCGCCAAUUCGUGUGCAACCAGAAGAUGUUGCUAAUCGUCCAGUACGGGAUUCUGGAGGGCGUGAUCAUGAUCGCCCCGCACGAAGACUGGUUCUACACCGAUGCUACCGGCGACAAAAAGGUGGACACGACGAAGGAGAGCGAGUACCUCGUCUACCGCAAGCUCACUACACAGACAAACAUCUACCUCGUCCAGAUGAGCUCGCAGGUUAACUACCAGAACCCGGAGUACCUCUGCAAGCUGUUCAUUCGUUUCCAGCGGAUUCAGCACAUUUUUGAGACGCCGUGCCAGUCGUGCUCG